UUCAUAUGGAUGUGCAAAACUAAUUUGAAAUUGUGUAAUAAUGUUAGUGGUGACUACCAUUCCUCCUACAUAAGUAUUCCCUAUAGCACCCCGACACUCCUUACACACCAUCUGAACAGUUUUUAUCUACAUUUACAUUUAUGCAUUUGGCAGACGAUUUUCCAAAGCAACUUACAAGGUACACAUUUUUAUCAGUAUGUAUGUGUGUUCCCUGGGUUCAAACCCAUGACAUGUUUUGCUGCUAACGCAACCAAUGAGCUUUACAUAAAUAUUUAGGGAAGUAAAUGUAAUAGGUGAGUAUCUUGGAUGACAUUGUGGAUGCAGGGAACUAAAGGGAUAGACAAUGGAGAUUGUGUUACAUAACUUCACCUGGUCAUCUUUUUCUGGCUCUACCAAAACCACAGAGUCAGUCUGGGCAUCCAGUCAUGUGCCCCACAAUGCAAUAUGUUUUAUUUCAAAGCCUGCGUGCUAAAACAGUAUGAGACAGGGUGCAACCGACGAUCGAAAAAUGUGAAAAGAACAAGACUUGGUUCUGUUUAUUAUGACUCAGGGGACCUCCCACCUUAAUGUGACAUUUGUAAAUAGUGAGGUGUGACAAACUUUUGCUGUCUAGUUGUGAAAAGGCAAAACAUCUUCAGAGGUGUAAAUAUCAAGACACGGUCAUUUGCCAUUUGGUUGCCAGGUUACCUGUCUCACGUUACACACCUUUCAGUCUCAACGAGUGCAUGACGACAACACACACACAUAAGCACAUGCUCCUCGCAGGUCACAGCAGCUUAUACUUUUUGGACUUGGCAUUUAGGACUUAGCUUGGCAGGUGGGUUUGUUGAGAAUGAGGUGUGUGUGGGCUGCACUUUGUGGGAUUGUGCUACUAACAGAGGUUUUUAUAACCAAUUCACAAGACUCAGAUGAUUCGCCCAGCGGAGGCUGUUUCCAGUUUGACUCAUGUGAUAGCUGCAUCAGUGGAGACCCAGCUCUCAAUCUGACACGAUGUGUCUGGCAAAGCUGUAAUAAUGGAAACGACACAAAAUGCAUGUCUGACACCGAAGAUGUUGGGGACUGCUCUGUCUUCAACGAGACUGGCAUGUGUCAAACUGACUCUGAUGAUGGUACCAAAGAUAGCACUGCUGCUGGGUCCACCCCUGAGUUCUCUCAAGCAUCAUUUGACCUGUCCAGCUUCAUCGGAGGAAUCAUCCUGGUGUUGGUGGUGCAGUCGGGGGCAUAUUUUGCCAUGCGAUUCCUCAAAACCAAAGACAGCACGUAUGAAACUAUUGACCAAACACAGUGAAGAAUAGGCAAAGAACAAAAACAAACAAGAUAUGGAGAGGAGAUAAUGGAUACAGCAUUAUGAGUGAAGGGGAUGCAGGCAUUGUUUUCUCUGUUUGCUGGCAUUUAUAUAAAUGAUAAAUUAAUUAAAUUCCAUCCUGUCCCUGAAUGACAUAAAAAAUGUGUGUGUGUAAAUAAGAGAUGAGGUGAAAUUAUAUACUAGAAGAUUAUACUCAUUUAAGUGUGCAUAAAUGGUUGCCUCAUUCAUUGUGUUGAUAUAUGUUUUAGGUAAUUUACCUUCAUCUUUUAAUCUUUGCUUUGUCUGUUGAUUUAUCUUAAUAUACUGUAAUGUAUGUUAUGUUUAUUAGGUAGUAACCUGCGACUGGUGUUUCAUUCAGGAAUUUCAUUCAGUGAUAUGUAUGCAUCAUUUCCCCUUUAGGUGUCAGUAAAAUGCUAUUUUUACCUACCAAAGCCUUAAAAAUGAAAAUUCGGUCAUCAUUUACUUACCCUCGUGUUGUUACAAAACUGUAAAAAUUUCUCCUUUGUCUGUUGAACACAAAGGAAGAUAUUUGUAAUGAAGCAGGAAACCGAAGCACCACUGAUUUCCAGGAAAUAAAUACUACUAUGGAUGUCAAUGGUGCUCAAAAACGGUUUGGUUAGAAAUGUUGCACAAAAUAUCUUCCUAAUGAGGGUUAGUAAAUGACUAAAUUUUCAUUUUUGGGUAAACUAUUAGUAUAACUCCCCCUUGGCCUACUUUAUCUUUACAUUUAACAUAUUAAUAAAUCUACAAUAAAGUACAUUUUAUCAGUAAUCUAUUAUUAAACCAUAAAUGUAACCAAUUAUCUCAAACAUGAACUUGUGGGAUACUUCAGGAAUGUGAAGUACUUAUUUGUGUAUUUUAUUCUAUAUGCAGACAAUAAUCUCUUAUUCGUGACAUGGUAUAAAUCAAAAUAGAUUUGAUGGUCAGAAAAAGUUAAAAGUUUAAAGUUAAUUUGUAAUUGAAAUAUAAAAAAUAGUUUAUUAAAAAACAGUCUGCAAAAUGAUUUAAUUUCUCCAAAUUACUCCAAACUGAAUGUCAGAAUGGGAAAUAAAAAAGGUGAUUUAAGCAAUUUUGAAUGUGGCAUGGUUGUUGGUGCCAAACGGGCCGGUCUGAGUAUUUUACAAUCUGCUCAGGUACUGGGAUAUUCACACACAACCAUAGGGUUUACAAAGAAUGGUGUGAAAAGGGAAAAACAUCCGAAUGCGGCAGUCCUGUGGGCGAAAAAUGCCUUGUUGAUGAGCCGACUUAUUCAAACUGAUUGAAGAGCAACUUUGACUGAAAUAACCACUCGUUACAGCCACAACACGCACAACGUUGAAGUGGAUGGGCUAUAACAGCAGAAGACCCCACCGGUUCCCACUCAUCUCCACUGCAAAAAAAGAGGGUUUAGACAUAACUACUCAACAACAACAGCUUAACUUAAUCUCACCAAUGAUAUCUAUACAGGUUAGCAUACUGGUGCAAUUUGUAUAGAUUUCACCAAAGCUUUUGACACUGUUGACCACUACCUUUUGCUGGACAAGCUUUAUUCAAUUGGUGCCUCCAGAGAGGUACUGCUCUGGUUCAAUUCAUAUUUACAUUAUUGAAAACAAUUUGUUAUGGUACAGGGUAAAUCUUCAGAGACUUACAUAAUUACAAACGGUGUUCCACAAGGCUCAUCUCUGGGGCCCUUACUAUUUUCAAUUUACAUAAAUGAUAUGUCUAAAAUCAUUAAAAAAUUUAAAGUCCAUCUAUAUGCUGACGACACCGUUAUCUAUAGUCAAACAAAAAUUUACAUAAUAUACAAGAGUCACUUCAGUUUGAUUUUAAUCAAAUACAAUCUUGGCUCACUCAGCAUAAUCUAAUUUUAAAUAAUAAAAAAUCUUUCAGUAUGCUUUUUUCAAAGUGCCCGGGUCUAAAUCUGCAGAGCAUGACCAUAUAUUUAUCAGAUGGAAAACAACUUGAAAGUACAAACUCUUUAAAUAUUUGGGGGUGUGGGUUGAGCCAGAACUUACCUUUAAACCACACAUUGAUUAUAUAACGAAAAAAGUCCAUGCAUGUCUUGGUCAGCUCUACAGAUCAAUCAAUAGCUUUACACAAUUGAUUAGGAAAAGAAUAGAACAGUAACUUAUUCUGCCAGUAAUUGAUUAUGGGGAUGUAAUCUAUCAAAAUGCAACAGAAUUUGCUCUUAAACCUAUAACUAUAUUAACUAUCUCCCUAUGCAGAUUUGUUUUAAAAUGUCAUUAAAAUGUAUAAUGUAUGUAUAACUCUUCAUUAUACUUUUAUAUAAAUACACCUUGUACUUGUUAUUGAUAUAUUAUAUUAUAAAUGUCAUGUUUGGUAUUCUUACUACAGAUGUAUGUCUAUCUUGUAUAUGUAUCAGAAAUAUUUAUAUGUUGUAUUAAUUUAUACCAAAUAACUUGUAUGAAUUAUGUGAAAUCUUACAAAGGACAGUGACUUAAUGUUUAUCUAAUGUACAAUAUCAUGUCACCAUUAAAAGGUGAGGAUUCUGAGGGAACAGGGUUGGGGGACGUGUUAAUGCAGGACAAUUGUUAAUCGUUUUUUGGGUAUGUGUUAUGUGUUUGUUGUAUAAUGUGGGACAUAUUGUGAUGUUGUAUAUGUAACAGCUAUCCUUGUGCUUUAGGACCCCCUCGAAAAAGA